UAAAUUCUGAAAACACAAUAAAUAAAUUGAAAUGGGAAGAAAGAUAAACGAAACCUCCUUGUAAGUCCUAGUGUAAACACGCACACAGAGCACAAUAAAAAGCAAAAUAAUACAAAGGGUGCAAAGCGUCAGGAUCGGGCUGUAAGUAAUUAGGGUUUCUUUCAGAUUCAACGCGUCAAAAUCUUUUGGCUCACUUCCUCAUUCUGUGUUUUCUUCUGAAGAUUUUUGGUCGAACCGAAUAGGGAUUCUUGGUGUAUUUUUUGCUGAUUCCGUUGAACUGGAAGGUCGUGAAAAGGGUUCUUGUUGAAGGUUUUGUGUUAGUCAUAGAAGUGGUGAAAUGCUAGAGGACGACCUGGUGGAGCUGAAAUUUCGGUUGUAUGAUGGAUCAGAUAUUGGUCCGUUUCAUUACUCGCCAACCUCAACGGUGGCCAUGCUGAAAGAAAGACUAUGUUUGGAGUGGCCUAAAGAUAAGAAGUUAGUGCCCAAGACUGCCAAUGAUAUCAAGCUAAUUAAUGCUGGAAAAAUUUUGGAAAACAACAAGACUGUUGGCCAGUGUAGAACACCAUUUGGUGAACUUCCAAAAGGGACCAUAACGAUGCAUGUUGUAGUGCAACCACCAAUAACAACAGCAAAAACAGAGAAGAAAGCGGAUGAAGCCCCGAAGAAAAAUCUUUGCGUGUGUACCAUAUUGUGAGAGAGUUGCCGCUAAUUCUAGGCCAAGCUUUCCCCACCUUGGGAUUUGCUGGGAUGGUCUUGCCCAUGGAAUUGAUUUGCUGGAAACACAAUAAUUUGUAUAAUGGAGGGCAUUCCUGCUUAACAGUCCACGAUGGUGAUCAUGUAUUUGCAUUUUAUAAAAUGGGUGUUCGAUGUAUUUGGUAGCUGUAAUCCAUAUUUUAUUUCUAUUUUACAAGGCUUUUGAGUUCA